GUUCACUUCCGGGUUGAGCUUCCAGUUGGGGUCGGUUGUUUUGGAGGACAGUUUCAUGGCCCUGGUAACUCGGCUGCUCCCUGCGGGAGCAGCUGCUCUCAGAUCGGGAGGAUUCUUUCAGAAGGCGAGUGUUCAUACGAGCUCGUCGAGAAGCCUGAUGUAUGGCUUCUGGGCCUACAUCCUGGGUGAAAGGAUCCUUCCAAAGUUUAAGACGUACAGUAAAAUCUUCACUGUGGAAGGUAACUUGUCGUCAGGAAAAGGAGCGCUGGCCCAGAAACUGGCUGACAAACUAGGGAUGCUGUACAUGCCUGAAGCUGACACUCAUUACAUGGACAGGGUCAACGGGGAGAAGGAGCCCCUCCAUCAGGAUUUCAAUGGUAUGUGYAGUCUGGAGAAGUUUUACUUGGACCCCAAAGCUCCAGAUGGGAACAGCUACAGGUUGCAGCUGUGGAUGUACCUCAUGAGGCUGAUGCAGUACUCUGAUGCCCUUGAACACUUGCUCUGCACAGGCCAAGGAGUGAUCCUGGAGCGGUCUCAUUUCAGUGACUUUGUCUUCCUGGAUGCCAUGUUUAAACAGGGCUACAUCCGGAAGGAGU